GCAAGCAGGGGUCGACUGACGGUCACGUCGAGAAGGUGCAAGCGCAUGAGUCCAGCGCCAGUCAGCAGCAGCAGUCCGCGCACGCCGAGGCUAAGAAAGCUGAAAAUGAUAAACAUACUCAGGCCGGAGUCACUGGCGAAGUGCAUGCCGCUGGCGGGCACGUCGAAGUGAAAUCGGACGUUAAGUCGGGCGGUUCGGAGUCGCACAGCGGCUCUGCCAAGGAGGCGAGUUCAUCGGGAUCGAGUGCUGCUAAGGCCAAGAGCGACACUGAGGUGUCCCAGGAUGGCGUCAAAGUGAGCUACGAGUCCAGCAGUUCCACUCAGGGUGGCUCCGAGUCCCAAUCCAGCUCGUUCAAGAGUGAAAGUGGCGGGUCGUCGGAAGUAGAAGUCGUCAUGGAGUACAGCGAGGAAUAAACUUAUAAAUAGUUUUGAUGGUGAUAUUGAUUAGCUUCACAAAAUGUAGUACAAUCUUUCGUGCAGAAUUAAUUCAUUGCAUCAUCAUAUCAUACAUGUCAAGAGUAUUUCCUAAAUAAAAGUUUACGAAAAGUA